AUGUCGUUAACGACCUCGGCGGCCACUGCGCUGUGGACCGUUCUCGCCGACGAUCCAGAUGAUGGGCGAGAACGACGCUGGGAAGAUCAGACGAAGCAGCAGCGUGAUCUGUUCACUCAAAUUGCCGUCAGCUCUGCCCUAGGACUGGGUGCUUUCCUAUCGUUUUGUGUGUUACGGCCCAAGUGGACAGAACUCUAUGCCGCGCGGAGAAAACAACGUAACGCCGCGUCGCAUUUGCCUGAGCUACCCAAUACUCUCUUUGGGUGGAUUCCAGUCUUAUAUCGGAUCACUGAGGAAGAGAUUCUCCAGUCCGCUGGACUAGACGCAUAUGUGUUCCUGUCCUUUUUCAAAUUCGCGAUCCGCUUCUUAGCAUCCGUCUUUUUCUUCGCCGUCGCCGUCCUCCUUCCCGUGCAUUACAAGUAUACCGGCAACAAUGGGCUUCCUGGUUGGGAUACCGAUGACGGUCCAGACAACAGCACCGCCAGCGUGGUGGGAGAACUGUCCAAGGGUAAGAAAAGUGGCGAGGACAAUCCGGAGUACUUGUGGAUCUACGUCCUGUUCACCUACGUCUUCAGCGGCUUAGCCAUCUACUUGCUGCUGCAGCAGACGGACAAAAUUAUUCGCGUUCGCCAGACCUAUCUCGGAAACCAGACAAGCACCACUGACCGUACGGUCCGUUUGUCGGGAAUUCCCCGCGAUCUUUCGGCUGAAGACAAGAUCAAGGACUUUGUGGAGGGACUUCGGGUGGGCAAAGUGGAGACCGUUACUCUGUGCCGCAAGUGGGGUGAGUUGGACAAACUCAUUGAUGAUCGUAUGAAGAUCGUGCGCCAGCUGGAACGGUCAUGGACGAAACAUAUGGGAUAUAAACGCCCUCCCCGUGACCGAGGGGACACCUUGCCGUUGACCAACCAACCACCACAGCCCUCUAACGGAACGCUAGACGAGGACGGCGAGCAUGCGGGCUUGCUGUCGGGGACUGGUCGGGAGCACGUCUCUGUGUACUCUCAUGCGCGGCCCAAGGCCCGCAUUUGGUACGGUCCAAUGAAACUUCGGUACCGCACAAUUGAUGCAAUCGACUACUACGAGGAAAAGCUGCGAAGGAUUGACGAACAGAUCCAGGCUGCUCGCGAGAAGGAAUAUCCAUCAACUGAAAUCGCAUUUGUGACUAUGAAAUCAAUUGCGGCCUCGCAAAUGCUGGUGCAAGCCAUUCUCGAUCCGCACCCCAUGCAAAUGUUUGCUCGUCUUGCUCCUGCGCCUGCCGAUGUCAUCUGGAAGAAUACCUAUCUCUCUCGCUCCCGCCGGAUGACCCAGUCGUGGCUCAUCACUGUGCUUAUCGGAUUCCUCACGGUCUUCUUCUCGGUCCUCCUGCUUCCCAUCGCCUCUCUCCUGCAAUUAGAGACACUCCACAAGUUUUCUUUGGUCCAGACUGGUCUGCCUACCUUGGUAUUCUCGCUGUUGACAGUGGUUGUUCCCUACUUGUAUGAGUGGCUCUCGAACAACCAGGGAAUGAUGUCGCGGGGUGAUGUUGAACUAUCAAUCAUCUCCAAGAACUUCUUCUUUUCUUUCUUCAACCUGUUCCUCAUCUUUACCGUCAUUGGAACAGCUAGUGGGUUCUACGGUUUCUGGGAGCAUCUGCGUGAUGCUUUUAAGGAUGCGACAACCAUUGCAUUCGCCCUGGCUAAGUCCCUGGAAGGACUUGCGCCGUUUUACAUCAAUCUGUUAGUUCUGCAAGGCCUGGGUCUUUUCCCCUUCCGACUUCUCGAGUUUGGAAGCGUUGCCCUGUACCCCUUGCAGUUCCUCCGGGCGCGGACCCCACGGGAAUAUGCGGAACUGUCAACGCCGCCGAAGUUUAGCUACGGGCUCACGAUUCCUCAGACCAUCUUGGUCUUGAUUAUUUGCAUUGUGUACUCGAUCUUCCCGAGCUCAUGGCUGAUCUGCCUGUUUGGUCUUGUCUACUUCUCGAUCGGCCAGUUCAUCUACAAAUACCAGCUGCUGUACGCCAUGGACCACCAGCAACAUUCGACCGGACGUGCCUGGCCGAUGAUCUGCAAUAGGGUCUUCAUUGGGCUGGUCGUGUACCAACUGGCGAUGAUUGGAGUUCUCGCUUUGCGCACGGCGGCUACUCGUCAGCUGCUCUUGGUCCCACUCCUGGUACCCCUCCUGAUCUUCACUGUAUGGUUCACAUACUGGUUCUCGCGGACGUACGAACCGCUGAUGAAAUUCAUCGCCCUCAAGAGCAUCAACCGCGAUCUUGCGGGUGGCGGCGAGCUCUCUCCCUCGUCGUCCGCCACGUUCUCGCCCCCUUCGGGCAUGGAUCGUGAUGCGCUUCCGAUUCGCAUUGGCGGCCACGAACUGGAGUUGCGUCUGAAAAAGUAUGUCAAUCCGAGUUUGAUUGUGCCGCUACAUGGUGCCUGGCUCCCGGGCCGUAAACCAUCUCAGAGCAAUGGUGGUCCCCUUUAUGAGAAUCACGAGUCGUCGAACAACUAUCCUUGA